AUGUGGCUCAUCUUGGCCUGUUCAGCGCCACUGGCAUCCCUCCUCUCUGCCAUGAGUCACUCUGCAUCUUUCAUCGUCCCUUUCCACCUUCGUAUUUCUCGUAAUAUACCCGUCACACACACACUCUCCACCAGCAAAAUUAACAAGCAACUUCGGCUUUUUUCAUCGAUCUUCGUCUUCUUCUUUUGCUGCGAAUUCAACAACCUAUUUAUUGUCGCUUCUUCUCCCCUGACCCGUCUGUUUUUCUCCAGAGUAUCUUUAGAGUAUACUGACAAGAGAAGCCGGUUCAACCAGUUAGCUGUCUGCUGGCUUAGAAGACACACGCUUGGCCACACACCCCGCCUGCUUUCUUUUUCCCCUCCAUCGAAUAUCAUACAUAGCAGCAAACACAUCCCCGGAAGAGCUCUGUUGAACGUCAAAUAUCAAAAGAUCUUCGAUAGCAAGUCGAUACCUUCUUCCGCGACCAUUUCUUUACCCACAGUCACCGGAUCUCAGCUUAAUCAACACAUCAUGGCUGUUCGAGCGCAAUUUGAGAACUCAAACGAUGUGGGCGUGUUUGCGACAUUGACGAAUUCCUAUGCCAUAGUUGCUAUUGGAGGAUCAGAGAACUUUUAUAGCAUAUUCGAAUCUGAGUUGCAGGAUGUCAUACCUAUCUGCCAUGCCUCGAUAGCAGGAACAAGGAUCGUGGGCCGUUUGACAGCUGGAAACCGAAAGGGCCUUCUAGUGCCUACCACAACCACAGACCAGGAACUACAACACCUACGCAACUCGAUUCCGGACAGUGUCAAGGUCCAGAGAACAGAAGAGAGACUUUCCGCCUUGGGGAACGUUAUAUGUUGUAACGACCAUGUUGCUCUCGUACACCCUGAUUUAGAGCGUGAAACAGAAGAAAUAAUAGCAGAUGUCCUCGGAGUAGAAGUAUUCCGUCAGACUAUUGCUGAUAAUGUCCUAACGGGCUCUUACAUGGCUUUGUCAAAUCAGGGCGGUAUUGUCCAUCCUAAGACAUCGAUACAAGACCAAGACGAACUCUCCUCCCUCCUACAAGUACCGCUUGUUGCCGGCAGUGUUAACCGCGGUUCCGCCGUCGUUGGUGCCGGCAUGGUCGUUAACGACUGGCUAGCUAUUACUGGACUAGAUACUACCGCUACCGAACUCAGUGUUGUGGAAGGUGUGUUCAAACUCGGCGAAGGUGCAAGCGGUGCUGGGACAGCCACCAAGGAGACCAUCGUGGAGAGUUUCUACUGA